AUGCUGCCGUCUCUGUCGAGGAUAUGCACCGCCCGAACGACGUCUUCGGCCACCGCCUUCUCGACGUUCUCGUCACGCCGCCAGCAGAAUUCUCGGCGGCAACGAGAACAAAGGCAUCAUCAGCACGAGCAUGGAGGAAAAACCAAUGGAGGACGGUGGUCGUGAGUUCUUUAUAAGAAAAAUUCUGUAUGAUCUAGCCGGCGUUCAGAAAAUUCGGAAGAACGGCGACGACCGGAACGACAGUACUCGCACUGUCGUGGAUGACGACCAUCAAGGACGUGUUGGGAAUCGAGAAGAUACAGUUGGAUGCGGAUCCGCUGAAAGAGAAAGUCAAACAGUCGUGGCUUUACCGCAAGCGCCGUCAGUACGACGAUGCGAUCCAAGUGCUCCAGGUGGCUCUCGAAGAAGCGGAAGAACGGAAAGAAGAGCUACCGAUCACCAGAAUCUAUGAUGAGCUGGCAAAUACGUAUUACGAAAAGAUGAACAUCGAGGAGGCGGACAAGUACUUUCGCAUUGUCAUUCAACGUCUUGUCCAAUUACACGGCAAAAAAGACUUUGAUCCGGAAUUCAUCGGAGUAUCCCUCAAACUCGCCGACAUUCUGGCUCAUAAAGGAGAUUUGGAAAGCGCCGAAACUGGAUUCAAGCACUGUGUCCGUCGUCAGAUGAAAGUGAUGGAGGAGCACAUGAAGAAGUUCAGUGUGGCUCACGGAGCACUCAUCGAAGAUCGGCAUACGGUUGAUACGUACGGGCACGUCUACACUGAUCCGAUUGCACUGUUCGGAAUGACUCUCGAAGCCUACGCCAACUUUUUGAUCAACUAUUGCGGGGAGAACAGGCUGCCAGAAGCCGAAGAGUACAUGGAUGAAGUGAUGAAGGUACGCGAAUGGUUCGAUUAGAAGGCGGAGCACCAAAUCAUUCAGAUUUCGUAUCAGAUCUACGGAGCGAGCUCAUCGCACACCAUCAACAUGCUCAACAAUUUCGGAGCAGCACUUGUGCUCAAGAAUCGGUAAUAUCUAUCAAAGAAGUAUUUUCACUUCACCCAAGGUGUUCAGAUUUGAAUUGGCCCGUAAAUACUUAUCCAUCGGCGUCGAGCGUAUUCUCUUCGUGAAUGAGUGUGCCCAUAUGCUUCCUGGAUACUACUGCAAUUACGCAGAGGCACUCUUCCACACGGGACACAAAGUAGUCGUUCGAUGAAUGUUUACUGGAAUAGCUUUUUUCUGUUUCAGGAUGAAGCGCUCGAGUUCGCUCGGAAAGCAGUCCAAAUGAGUCGGAGUGGAGACGAACGUGUCCGUCAGUACACACAACAAUUUCUGAAAGAUCUCGAAAAAGAUUUGAAUAAGGGAAAGCCCCGAUCUUGGUGGUUUUUCUGAUCCGGUGAUCGAAUAUAAAUAUUAGGAGUUGUUUUAUAAACGGUAUUGCUCUUUUUGUUCUGAUUAGGUCAGGUUACUUUAAAAAACAUCAUAGCGAUUUUUUGUUUCAAAAUAAAUAUUUAUUGUUUUAUGCAAAGUAUUGCUUUCUAUUUAUGAAAAGACGUCGUUCGUUUUGUCCGGUCGUAUACUUGUUUCUUGUCUUCACGCAUUGUCACCUGCCUAUGUAUGCAAACGCGCUCCCUGUUUAAUUAUCAGUCUUCUCGAUUUUCCCUACUUUGCUUAGAUUUCAGGAUGAAGGCUAAUCCACGCCGAUCGGCUGAAUCAGAAUCGGACGAAGAAAAGAUAGUUCCACGCAAAAGAGGCCGACCAAAAGGACCUCGAGCAGUCAGCCGUCCGAUGGAACCGGAAAGACGUUCAAGUCGAUCAACCAAUCGUCCCAACCAACCGUCAAUCCGCGCAGGUCGAUCAGCCAGCCGUCCUCGCAGAUCGGUCAGUCACAAUGGAAGGGAACGACAAAUCAGUGAGAACACGCAGUUCGACGAGCGAGAUACUUCAGAAUCUUCCGACGAAUCCCAAGAGCCUGGACCGUCUAUAAGGCGAAAAAAACGAGUUCGCACAAAGUUGACAAUGCCGCGAAAGAAACAAGGACAAUCUCGUUCUAAGGAAAGCGAAGAAAAAGAAGAUAAACAGCGCUCGGGAAAAGAAUCCAUUGACAACAGUACGACCACCAAGAUUCAAUCGCAUUACGGUCCGAAACCGACGAAAAAAGAGGAGGCCGAUACCAUUCACCGUUUCAAGGCUAUUUUCCGAAGUAUCCAGGCGGAAUACGACAGCAUGGUUCUGGAUGAAAUUGAAGAUGAGUUGGUUGAUCUUGUAGAUAAAGAAGAACAGCCCUCUUACACCUUCAAUCUUGCCGCUGACAACGUUCGCAUUCCACAAAUGGAAUUCUUGCCUCUUGAUGAGUAUCACAUUAAUGGACACACUUCGAUUACUUGGCAGAAUCAAGACGAAAACGAAACAGCAUUGAAAAACUUCAAAAUGCCGUGCGCCGAAAUCGAAUCCGGAGACAUUAUGCCGCCAAUGACCUACUGGGUGCUCAUCGAGCAAAGUAUUAACGGAUCCGAUCAACCACGGCUCACUCACAUGCCGUGGUUUGCUGAUGGUCAGAACGACGAGGAGCUUUAUGAGCAGCUGAUCAAAGUGUUCCCGGAUGGCAUUCACGGCUUCGCUGACAACUUUGCUUACAUCAACGACUGGCUACUUUACAAAAUGAUCCGAGCGACACUAACCGGUUAUCAGGGCAAUCCGGAUCUCCUCUAUUAUGCCAUUUAUCGCCUGUGGCCGAAUAAGCUGACUCAAAGAGAGCUACGUAACGCUUUCCCGACGCUUUGCAAGCGAUUCGCAGAGGAAGGCUUCGAUCCGUCGGCUUUGGAGCCAUGGAAACCGCUUUUGGAGCAACAAGUGGGCGAGAACCUUCGCGAUCCGAAGUGUUAUACCUGUUUGAGCUACUCCUGCCCAGUACAUGGAUGCAAGUUCCAAAUAUCACCGGAUUUCGCUCAAGGAGACUUCUACAGAGUGGAAAUUCCACUUGCAAAGCCCGGCGACGCGGAGGAAUGCUCUGUUGGCAACUGCUGGAAGAAACUUGAUCGGGAAGCGAUUCUAAAGACGCUGAACCCGACGGAUGACGAAAAGAAGAGAAAUAGGGUCGUCGCGUACAUCGACAAGAAUCGAGUUGUCCGAAUGCAACCACGAGAUGGCUCCUCGAUUGCCACGUACUUCGGCAGAAGCUCAAGCAUCUAUCAAGUGACGUUUCUCUUCAGUUUCACGGUCAAAUAUAGUUUUCAUUACAGAAUUUCUGUGAAUUCUCGCUCAAAAUGAUCGACGAAGAGGACGCGGAUUGUGACAUCAAAUCGUGCAGUGCUGCUUACGAACUCAUCGUUUCGUUAGCUGAAAACCCGUCUGAAGGCCGUUUGACUCUGGGAAGACCGGGAAAGUUGAAGUGAGUAGACAUUUGAGGGCAAAAUCCCUAGAGCAAUACGUUUUUGAGCUCCUUCAAAGAUCGCGCUGAUGCGUUCCGCCGAACAAUGCUCAAAGAAGUGAAAGUUAAGAAAAAGAAUGCCGAAGAAGCACUCCAAAGCCAACUGGACAAAGAUGGAGACAGCAAGAAAGAAGAGGCAAGUAGACAGAAGAAAUAUAAGAUGGACGUUCCUCUGCAAGCCGUCACCCCUCUCGUGCCGUGUCGCCACGAAGGACCGUGCACUGCGGACACCGUGAACUGUGCGUGCCGCUUGAACGGAGUCUGCUCGUACAUGUGCAAGUGCGACGUCAACUGUCCCCGACGGUUCCCCGGGUGCAAGUGUGCUCCCGGACUCUGCCAGACCAAUGCGUGUCAGUGCUUCCUCGGCCAAUGGGAAUGCAAUCCGGUGACCUGCAAAACGUGCAAGUGCGACGGAAUUGACACGAAAGUGAUGGGAUGCUCGAACUAUCCGAUGACUCGAAUGGUUCAGAAGAAAAUUGUCUGUGCUCCUUCUAAAAUAGCAGGAAACGGGCUGUUUAUUCUGGAGAACGCGGAAAAGGACGAGUUUGUCACGGAGUAUGUCGGCGAGCGGAUCACAGACGAGGAGGCGGAGAGACGUGGAGCGAUAUACGACCGUUAUGGCUGUUCUUACAUUUUCAGUGAGUUUCACAAAUUGCUUUUGAAUUUGAUAACAAUGCGAACCUUCAGAUCUGGAGACCGGCGGAGCCAUCGACUCGUUCAAAGUCGGAAACCUGUCACGGUUUGCGAAUCACGAGAAGCAGAAUCCAUCGCUUUACGCCAAGACCGUCGUGGUCGCCGGAGAGCAUCGUAUAGGCUUGUACGCCAGUCGCGAGCUUCAGCCCAACGAUGAGCUGACCUUCAACUACAGCUAUACAACGGAGCACUUGCAACAUUUCAAGUGAGCUCUUUUUGUCCUGUUUCUGUAUCCAAAAUGUAUUAUUUCAGAAACAGCAAGCGGAAGGCAAAACGGGCCAAGGAAGAAACUUCAUCGACAAUAAUUUAUUAA